GGGGAGGGGCUGGUGCUGACUAGUGUAGUACAGCGUGUGUGAAUCUUAUAAAAGCGCACCACUGUAGUACUUCGUGCGAGCAGCGGCGUGAGAUGGACUCGGCGGGACCAAUGCAGAGCCAGCUACGGCAGAAUAACGAGGAGCUGUUGGAUUACCUGAAAGGCCUGGAGAGCUGGGAGGAGGAGAUGAGAGAGAAAGACCAGACUUUGGUCAAGAACCGCUCCAUCCUGAAAGAGAAUCUCCCUCCAGUUCGAAGUUCAGUGAAAGAGUCAAGAAAACCCAAGAAGAAGAAGAAGCAGAAGAAGAGAGAGCCAGUGAAGCCAGCCAGUCGUAUCCACUCUUACGAUUACAAAGCUUGGGACAAAUUUGACGUGGAGAAAGCUUGUGAGGAUGUGGACUAUAAGGUUGGGAGCUCAUCUGGGAGUGAGGUAGAGGAAGAGGAGGGGGAGGAGGAGGUAGUGGGGAAGGGGGGAAGAGGGGACGACGGAGGAGGGAGUGGCAGCUCUGAGGAGGAAGAGAUGGAGAGACAGAGUGCAAUGGCUCUGGCUGAGAAGGAAAAGGGAAAUGUACUGUACAAAGAGGGAGAGUUUGAGGCAGCUGUGGAGUGCUAUAGUAAGGGAAUGAUGCUGGAUCCGCUAUCAGCUGCCCUGCCUGCUAACAGGGCCCUUGCUCUCCUCAAACUAGAGAGGUAUGCAGCGGUGGAGGGAGACUGUAACACAGCUCUGGCUCUGGAAGAUGACUAUGUGAAGGCAUUCCUCAGGAGGGGCGUGGCCAGGAGACAUCUUGGAAAACUCACACAGGCUGUACAUGAUUUUGAGCAAGUUCUAAAGUUGGAGCCAAAGAACAAGCAAGCAGGAGCCGAGCUACAGAUUGCGAAACGAUUGAAAGAGGAGGAGGACCGAAAGAGGUUGACGGCAGAAGGUCACGUCUUCCCUGGGAAGAGACCAGCUCAUCAGAGAUCUAAGAAACCGCUGAAGAGAAUAGCAAUCAGUGACAUAGCUGGAACUAUUGCUGCCACACCCAUUGGCUCAACUGGGUCGUCAACACAGACAUGCACAAACACUAGCGAAGAUGCCAGACUGGGAGGCCACUCUGCCACUUCUGAUGACAUCACCACUGGCUCUCAGAAUAGCACUAUUGCUAGUAGUAUUGGCAGUGCUCAACAGACUAAUACAUCUACCAGUGCUCAACAGACGAAUACAUCUACCAGUGCUCAAGAGACCCACACAUCUACCAGUGUUCAGACUAGCAUGUCUUACAUUGCUGAAACUGACAGUACUUCCACCACUCACCCUAUACCCAGUCCCACGAAGAUUGCUGGUGAAACUGGUGGAGACAGAGUCAUGGUUGACUCGACUUCUGCUCCAACUGAUGGCGAUGAUCACAGGUCUCAGAGUGCAGUUGGAGGAGGUGGUGAUGUUGGUGGUGAUGAUGAGCUCCCUCCGGUGCCAGAGACAACCUUCCAGUUCCAGUCAGACUGGAAAAGACUGAAACACAACUGGCCUCUCCUCAUAUCCUACUUCAAGCAACUGCCUCCAGCCAGGUAUCCAGUCCUGCUGCAGCAGUCGCUGGAGACCACCAUCUUCUCUGACAUCAUCUCCAUCCUCAGGGCCACUCCUGGAUGUGUGGAGGAGCUGACUUGGCUCACGAGAGUGCAGAGAUUCUCAGUGGCUGUCAUGUUCCUCUCAAAGACCGAUAAAAACAAUCUGCAGGGCCUGUUUACAGACCUGGUGACUUGUUGCAGCACUGACUCCAAGAGAAACAGUUUGAAGAAACUUUCACCAAAGUUUGGUGUGAAACUAUAGCACCGUCACAAAAUACAAAACACCACGUAUAAUAAUACAAAUUCAUUAUGCUCCUGCUGCGACAGAAAUCUAUAAAGAGUCAUUGUGAGAUAUCAGCUGCUGAACUCUACUGAACAUAGAGUUCAAUGAUCUCCAAGGCAAUGUCUUCGUUUCCGCGAUCCUCGUCCCCACAUAGCCGAACUUCAAAGUCGUUUCUGAACUCUCUUCCGAGGUCCCUACAGAACCAGGGAGGGUUGUUAAGUUGGCAACAAGAGCUGUUUGGCGGGCAGUUUUCUCCGUCCCAGAGAGGAUCGUCGACGUAUAGGACGCCGUUUGACGCCCACAUGUUUUCUAGACCCGCCUCACAGAAGUAAUUGUCCUCCACAAAUGGAGGGACGACCCCAUUAGUUGGUACGUCCGUUCGGGCACAGGGGCAGGAAUAGAUGGUGUCGCCACCCUCCCCACCUUCUGUCUGUGAUGCAGCAAAAGACCAGAUGUGGGUACGAGGGUAGCCAACAGAUAUGGUGAGCCCGUCCAGGAAAUCAUCAUCGAGAGUUAUUGAGUUAUCUUGCUGGUACUGCCAGAAGGCAUCGGCAGAGCCAUCUUGGUACCCUAUCACUCUACCGCAGACCCUGCUGUAUGGAAGGUGGUAGGUGGGGAAGAAUACGGACUUGCAACCCGCAGCAACCUUCCGUCGACAGAGGCGUUUUCUGGCGUCCGCACCAAGGAACAUUCCCGCCGGGCAGACGUGCGUCGGGUCCGUCAUGUUGAGAUUGGCCACGCGCAUCCAUCCCCGAGCCGCUGCACCGCUGCUGUUUCUGCAGCAGCGAUCUGCCGUCAUGUCGCAGUAGACUCCCACCACGGACCCGGAGCACGUGCGGAUCCAGUAGUCUCCGGACGGAGCGUCCGGCGUCUCUUGCGCGAUGCCCUUGCAGGACUCGGCGGGGUAGCUGGCGCAAAAUCCCGGACGGGAGCACCUACGGCCCGCGAGGGAAGGUAUGACUACGUCUCGGAGGAGAGACCGAAGGUCCUCGUCGGUGGUGGACGAGUUUGCCACGGCCGAACAUUGUCCAGGCAGCCCGUAGAGAACGGUGGGAGGCGAGACUAUGGGUGUACCGAGGGAGGGAUGGAGGAUAAGGCUAAAGGUGAGCAGCAAACAAGACAGUAAAACCGCCAUCUCCCCUGCGCGCUAACGAGUGA